ACCUUUUGCAGUCUGAACUGGGUUGCUGUUUUGAGUGGCAUUCAUGGAGACCUUGUAUUUUUGGGUUUAUGUCCUAGUUGGACUCUUGUUGCCAGGGAUCUGCCUCAGGCCAUCUUUUGCAUUUCCACACAAACGUCACAGACAACAUGAUUCCUUUCUAAGGGCUCCCUUCACGGGGCACUCCAAAUACACUGUGCAUGGGCACCAAAAGGCUCCAGCUGAGGAACGAGAGCAGGUGAACACUGUCAGAGUGACCUGCCACCCAGACUUGCUGGAGAUCGUUAUCAAAGCUGACCUGUUUGGAGUCGGAGCUCCUGUUGAUGUUGAUGAGAUACGCCUCGGAGUGAAGCCCGAUGAGUUCUGUAGAGCUGCAGCAUCUUCAGAAGAUGAGUACAAGAUCGUUGUUGGAUUAGUGGACUGCGGGACCAAACACUGGAUGGAUGAAUCCGUUCUGGCCUACACAAACCUCCUCAUAUACUCUCCUGUGGCCUCCCCAGGUGGGGUGACUCGAAUGGAUGAGGCUGUAAUUCCAAUUGAGUGUUAUUACAAAAGGAAAUACAAUUUGUCUAGUUCUUCGCUCCUGCCUACCUGGAUCCCCUUCAUGUCUACCCAAGCUGCAGUGGAAACCUUGGAGUUUAACUUGAGAAUUAUGACAAAUGACUGGCAGUAUAAAAGAAGCUCUAACGUGUUUUACUUCGGGGAUCUCAUCGGCCUCGAAGCCUCUGUCAGAGUUGGGUAUCACAUGGGGCUCAGAGUAUUUGUGAGCAGCUGUGUGGCCACACUUGACCCAGACAUAAACUCUGUUCCCAGAUAUGUCUUCAUUGAAAACGGGUGCUUGGUUGACUCCAUGGUUCCAGGUUCAAAGUCUCACUACUUAGUCAGGACACAGGAUGACAAACUCCACUUGAUGAUUGAUGCCUUUAAAUUUCAUAAUGAGGACAGAGCAGAGCUCUACAUCACAUGUCAACUGAAUGCUGUGCCAGUAAAUGAUGCAGAGGCACCAAAUAAGGCGUGCACUUUUGUCAAUGAUAGAUGGAGAUCGGCAGAUGGUAACGACUACUUAUGCCAGUAUUGUACAAAUCAAAAUAUAGGUGGCCAAACCCACCAUAAGCCCAGCAGCUCUGGCAAGUUUGGUAAGGUGGCUGAAUCCAAAACCUUCUGGGAGAGCGGACUGAAGCGCAAUGAAGUGUGGCAUCAGGAGGCAAGACUGGGUCCAAUGCUGGUCUUGCCAGGUAAACAGAAGACUGAGCAUCUACCUGUAGAAGAGCUUCCUCCCAUUCCCAAUAAAAGCAGCAGACCUGCACUGUAUGGCAGCCAGUGGAGAGGUGGAAUAACUUUCAGAAAAGACGAGAUGGGACUGCUUCCACCUACACCAGACCAGGUGGCUGAGACGUUUUCUUCUGAACAGAAAGAUGUCAAAACUGAAACGGAUCUAAAAGAUGAAGAUGCAGAAAGUGAAGUUGCUGCAUCUCUAGAAAGGUUGGGUCCUGAGGUUGACUUGAAAGCGAUAGAGGCAGCACUGGACCCUAACGGCACAGCAGCCCUCAGUGAUGUCAUCCCCACGGCUCAGUUUACGAUGGAUGUGACUAAACUGUCAAACACAACUGCUACAGAAUCUGACCUUUCAGCUGCAAAUGACCCAAAGAGUGAAUGAACAAUUAAAAAUAGUUUGCUUUCUGAGGUCUAAUUGGCAGUAAAGUCCUGAUGUUGCACAGGUUUUUUUUUUUUUUUUUUUUUUCCCUGUUUAUCUGAUGUAAAUCAACUGAAACUUUAAAAUGCCACUCUAAAAUUAAACUUUGGAGAAAGCAAAA